CUGCGCAACAGAAGACAGAAAGAGGCAGUUAAAAGAAGUUGUGAAUAGUCCGCAAUGACUCUCCUUCUCGGCCUGCUGCUGUCUUCCCUCCAUGCUUUCCAGGCUACUCCUCCACCUUCCUUGUUCCAGCCCCAACCCUCUGUGGACAACGGACAGGGAAACCCACAGAUUCUCUGCCAGGUGCUGGGUAGCCCUGCUAGAGCCCACGUCCUAUCCUGGUACCAACAACUUCCUGGGAAAAGCCCGACCUUUCUGCUGAGUCAGAGGGAAGGAGCUGCCCCAACCUACGGUUCUGGUGUGACCCCACGCUUCCUGGCUGAGCUAGACCUUGAAAAGAACAGCGUCCGCCUCACUGUGGGCAACGCCGGCCCUGGAGAUGUGGGCAUUUACUAUUGUGCUCUGUGGUAUGCCGGCCAGUACAUCUUUGGAGAAGGCACUUGGUUCCUCUAUCAUGCUGAGAGGUUGCCUCUGGUUCCUCAUCCUCCUCAGCUGACCCUGCUAACUUCAGGCCCUGGAUCUCCCAUACUGUGUGUGGCCAUGGGGCACCAGCCUGCCCCGCUGAGGCUCUCCUGGGCUGUGGAGAGCCAGCUCCACAAGGGGGGAGCUGAGGAGAGCCUGAUGGAGGACAUGGGUGACACUGUGGUCAGCACACUGCAUCUGUCCAACAGGACCCUGGGAGGCACUGUCGUCUGCAAGGCCGACCACGAGAGCGGGACCUCAGUUGCCACACUGAGGCUGCCUCCUUCCAAGAAGCAGGCUAAGUGUUUCUGGGAUGCAGAGCCCUGGAAUGGGGGUCAGGAAAAUGACCAGAAUAUACUAGCCCAGCUGGAGUGGACCCUCACUUUUGCUCUGUAUUGCUACCUGGGGAUGCUAGGAGGAGCUAAGCUCUACGCACUACUUCUGGCUGGUCUGUUGGCAACCCGCCGAUCCCCUGCUCUCCGUGCCGGUUCCCACACUCAGCGGAGGCCCAAGGGAGGGCCGAGGUUCCAGACCCCUUCAAGCUGAAGGCCCACCUUCUGUCAGCUUUAUGUCGUCCUUUCUCCCAGACCUACCUUCGCCUAUCCUCUCUGCAUCCAAUCCCUCUACUCUC